CUCGGUGACAGCAACGCCGCUCUGCCGCGCCUACGCGCUCCGGACGCUCUGGUUUAGCCACAUUGAGAACUUUAUUAAGGCCGACGUGCUCACGAUUGGCGAUGACGCGCCAAUUGGCCAUGACCUUUGGCUCAAGGACCGCGCCAACAUUGAGCGGCGAGGCUCCCGCCAUGACCGUAGAACGCACCAGUCGAAAAAGCGAGUGAAAAUAUCGACCGUGACCACCACGUCAGCUGGGCCCACCAUGGACCUCCUCCCGGCGACAGCGAUAGCGCCAUCGCACGGCACGACCUCCAAGCACACGACGACGCUGACCACCAAGUCGCAGCGAUUCCGCCCGCGGCACACGAUAGCCCCGCGCGCCAUCGUACCCCUUGGCCGUCCGAGCCGCUUCCACGUCAUCAUGAUCGGCUUUACGUCGUGGAUUUCGCACAAGGAGUCCCCGGCCGACGCUGUGGCCGCGCAUCGGCGCAUCGCCAACCUCGCGUUCGACGUCCUCGCGCAGAGCUCGAGCGUGCACGACGUCGCUGCCAUGCACACGAUCGGUGUCUUUCUUCUCCAGUGGUACCGCACCGGGUAUCUCCGAUUGAACCGAGCACGGUACUUGCAGCUGCUCACUACCCUCUCGGCGACCAACGACCCCAAGCUCGUGUUGGAUGCGACCCAUACACUCUACUGUCUCACGCUUGACGGCGUUUUUGCCCUCGAGACGUGGGUCGCGCGGCCGUUGGCGCUCAGUGGGCUCCUCCACGCGCUCACCCAUGCGAGCCGCCGCAGUGUCCAUCAAGCAGCGACGAUCGCAGCGCGCGUCGCGGCCUUUGCAGCCGCCCGCGGCAGCAACAACCUCUCGCUGCUCUUGACACUGCGCGCCGCCGCCAGUCUCUACACGGCGUUCCAGCGCUGGGCCGCGGCCUACGACGUGAGCGUCCUCCUCGAAGCCGUGUACUUGAGCUUGCACCAAAUUGCGUCGCGGCAGCACUUGUCGUACCCCGGUGUACCGUCCAAGAGCACGCGCCUUCUCUUGGCCGUCAAGCGAGCCAAAGCGCGCUUCAAGCACAACAUUGGCAAGGUGGAGCCCGUACCAGCGUCAACGCGUCUCUCGUCCAUGAAAAUGCGUCUCUCGAUGCUCAUGCAAAUGCGCAACCAAAAGCGUGCAUCGGGGCCCAUGGCAAAGGCGCUCACGUUUCGGCAGCUGGUCAACACGGUUCGGGGCAAAGCCAAGGCAACGCCCAUGUACGUCCCGCUGGACGUUGUGCCAGAGAUCGAGCGACGCCAAGCCAUUCGACGGCAGUUUGUGCUGAAAUUGGAGCUGGCGUUCGCGAUGGUGAUGACGACGCAUGCCUCAGGGAACGAUCGCCGGCGCAGCUGCAUCGCCACGAAGCGCCCCGAGCUGGACAACGCCGUCACGAAUGCACUCAAGCUCAUGCAGCUCGCCGACGAGUGUGCGCUGGAAGAGUACGUCGCUACCACACUCGACCCGACGAUGCGGGCGUUCCUGCACCCGUACCUUGACCAGUUUCAAAACGAUGCCCCGUCGGUGCCCCGGCGAUGA